GUAAUAUUUCAGUGCUUGGCUAUAUCCAUCCAACCCUCGUCCACCCCACAACUUGAUCUCCACAUGAGCAUCAUGGCUAAUGGAGAGCACAAUAGUCGGGUCACGCGCGCUUGCUCCACCUUUCCGUGGGCUUUUUUUUUUCAGAUCUUGCAGUUCAUCUGUCGUACCACACUAUAAGGGGUAGUCAUAUAGUCAUCGAAUCGAUUUCUUUGCGACAGACUUCAUUAGCACCAUGGUCUCUUUCUCGGUCCUCGCAACAGCCGUGCUGGCGGUCGUUCCAUGUGCAUUCACCGCACCCAACGGUCUCACGACACUCAUCAACCAUGAGACUGUAGGAAAGCAGCUCCAGGCCCGCCAGGGCGGUUACUACUCUUUCUGGUCCGAGGGCGGCGGCUCAUUCAAUUGCAACCAGCAAGGUGGUGGGAAGUAUACAUGCAACUGGUCUGGCCAAAAAGGUGGAGGUUUCGUUGCGGGUACGGGUUUCAAGCCUGGAGGCUCAAGAGCCGUAAAGUACUCAGGCACCUACGAUGCCAAAGGGCCCGGUUACCUCGCCCUCUACGGGUGGACCCGCAACCCACUCAUUGAGUACUACAUCAUCGAGUCCUACGAUAUCCUCGCGCCUGGUGAGCCCUGGACGAAGAAGGGCAACUUCACUUUCGAAGAGGGCACGUAUGAACUGUACACCAGCCAGCGCGUCAACAAGCCGUCGAUCGAGGGCACCAGGACGUUCACCCAGUUUUGGUCGGUGCGGACGGAAAAGCGCGUCGGUGGGACCAUCACCACGAGCAAGCAUUAUGAUGCUUGGUCGAAGGCUGGAAUGAGGCUGGGUGGCCAUGAUUACAUGAUUCUCUGUACGGAGGGAUUUUCCAAUGGGACGUUGUUGCCGAGCGGAACUAGCAGUAUUACUGUGAGCUAGUUUGGUAAGCGGUUAGGUCAUAGGUAGACUUUGAUAAACGGCUG